UCCUCUUCUCAGGAUGAUCGAGGGUUGUCUGAAUUUUCCUGAAGACCGACCAUGUAUUAGUGAGGUUCUACACCUGCUAGAAGAGGCAAGAAUUGAAGUGAGAGACGGGCAUGCAAGCAUGAACAAACUUGAGUUGUUGCAAAAUCUUCAAAACAAGCCUGGAAGUGAAAGUUUGGAGAGUGGUUUGCAGUCUCGGUUGCAGGAGAUACAUACAGAGCUGGAGUUGAAGAAAAAGGAGAUCGAAAAUCUCAAGUUCAGUGUGCAGAAGCUUCACUCUAGCAACCAGGGAAACGAGAGGGAUCUUCUAAAGGCUCACCAGCAACUGAGGCAAAAGGAGGCACAGCUGACAAGGAAGGGAGCAGAGUUAGCUGAAACUCGGCAAAAGCUUAGACAAAAGCUGCGAUGCAGUGAGGCUCUAGUGGCUGACUUUCAAAAGGCCCUUCAGCUGAGAGACUCUGAAGCUCAAAGAUCAACGGUCGUUAUUCAUGGCCAGUAAAUAUUCUUUGUAAAUCCACCUUCUAUUCUCAGGCCCAGACCGGUCACCUAGCAACAGCCACAAAUCAUUACACAUCACAGCCAGCUAAUCCAAAGAGGCUAACACUGCAGUUUCAUCGGAAAAGGACUGCACCAACAGGAAUGUCAAGGGCAUCUUCAACGAAUGAUAGCCAAAUCGCAUGUUUUACCCCAGAUGGGUCCAACUCCAUCUACCAAUACGAAUUCAGCACAGAGAAAUGGGAGGAGCUUCCUCCAUGUCCAUACCGUAAUUCUGGGCUAGUCACUAUUGGUGGAGAAAUAACCGCUGUGGGGGGAAUAGAUAAGUUUGGUUACACCAACAAACUAUAUAUUCACACUACGACAGAGGAAAUGGGUCAAAGAAUAC